CGAGCGGGUUGUCGGCUCUCUCAUUCGCACUCUGCCCGCCGCCGCUGCUGCCGCUGCCGCCGCUGUUGUUGUUGCUGCUUCUGCUUCCGCCGCGAGGUCAAGUUUCUUCUCCACCGCGCUCCAUCGUCGGGCUCGGGAACCUCGUCCGGCCUCGUCCACGGGAGUGCUGUCUUCUGUGACUCUACGUCGUCCGGGCGCUAACGCCGCUCCACUCAUUUCCGCGAUGGCGAUGAACAUGGCCGACAACCACAAGGAGAGCUGGGAGGCGCUCGUGAACCAGGUGGAGAAGUACCGCCGCCAGACAGGCAACGAAGUGGCGCUGCUCACCGCCUACCAGCCCCGCACGCAGCCCGGCGUUCUGGCGUACGCCGUGCAGGGUGGCGGCACUCUCGUCGAGGCCACCCGCCGCUUCCUUGACGACAUCGCUGUCUGCCACCGAGCCACCAUUCUCGUGGCGGCGCGCAAGAUCCAGGGGGCGGCAGCAGUGCCAGCGCAGCCCGACAAGCAGGGGGCCAACACCGCCGCGGGCUCCGACAGAGACAUUUACUCGCAGAGCUACCCCUCCAUCUACGGCCGCGGCUCCUUCUCCGCCACGCCAACGGGCGUGCGGGAGCCGGUGUCGCUCGUGCUGCACAAGGAGCGCAGCGGCGAGCCGGUGCCCAGCCUAGACCGCGCAGACGCCGGGCAGCCGGUGAAACGCAGCAUACAGCAGCAGCAGCAGCAGGAGGAGGACGACGAUGAGGACGACGAGGAGGAGGACGAAGAGGAGAGGCGACGUGACAGCCGCGAUGCCGGAGGUCUGUUUGUCAUGGAUGAAGACUCGCCGAUCAAUGACUGCGAACCGUUCUUUGAGUCGGAUGGAGAGGAGGAGAGUACGGAUGACGGCAGCUUGAGUGAGGACACUAACUCCAGGGCCGGCUGCCACCAGUACGCAAAGUCACUGCCCGUUCGAGUGCCAGUCUGGGGCUUCAAGGAGCAAAUCGAGCAUCAGCAGCACGUCCAGCAGCAGCAUCAGCAGCAGCAUCAUCAGCAACAUCAUCAGCAGCAUCAUCAGCAGCAUCAUCCGCAGCAUCAUCAGCAGAAGGGCAAGCAUCAGGACGACCCAGACAAAGAGGCCAGGAUGAACGCGCCGGACCUGGAUCAGAUCGGAGCCAGCAUGAAGGCCCUGGCCAUGAGCGUGACGGACGGCACGGAGAUGUUCGGCGACCUACCGCGGCCACGUCUCAACACGGGCGAAUUCCAAAAGCUCUACCGAAAGAAAAAGAAUGAACAUCAAGAGGCCAUAUAGGACACACAUCAUCGACUGAAGACCCAUAACCUGGCUCACAGCGGUGUAUAUAAGAUAAAAUAUAUUAUUUUUUGCCAUUCUCAAUCAAUGGAUGAAGGCGUCCCCCACACCAUAUUGGUCAUUGCGGUUGUUCCAUACUUUACCGCGCUGGUCAGAGUGGUUUCGUGAAGGGAGUGCAAGACCGGCCAGGUUUCGAACUCGGGUCGCCAGGCUAAUUGCUCCGCCACCACUGCACCCCUCUUUGCUGGGUACUUGGCUUUAUAUGAACCUGAUUCUUAGUUUUCAAACAAAUGAGAUGUUCAGUUUCAUCACGCUGAAUGCACACUGCUAAGCAGCAUUUAAUGAGAGGACUUGAUUGACGCGACUUUAUUUUCAUGUGCUUUUUUGAUUGCCAAUUACAUACAUUACCCCCUCAAUGACCAGUGUAAAUAAAAUAAUUGUAAAUUACACGGUGGGUUCAGUGACCCUGACUCGGUAUGGAAAGCAAUUUGCAUUAUGUUUGGUUGCUUGUAGGGCAUUUGGAUAUUGUUUGGGUAUAUUACAGCAUUAAUAUUUGUCCACUGAAGCAAAUAGCAUAUACGCAGGCAAGUUUAUCAAAUUGCCAUUUUUACACUCGAGUAAAGCUUUGGGAUUUUUGGAAUCAAUUGCCUUGCAUGUACAAUAGUUAUACACAAUACGCUGUCAAUGCAAAGUAUACCUAAUUUCAAUACCCCUUAAAAUGUCCCCAGAAUUAAAAAGUUCUGAUUAUUUUUCAGCAAAAGUUUACAUUGCUCCAAUUGACGUGGCUCAUUAUGUUUUCAUUAAAAAGAUGGUGAUUUUCAAGUGGUAGAUAAAAAAUACAUGCAUUCUAACUCAAAUUGUUAUAAUGUUGUCAUUCCAACGUUAAGACUCGCAGCACAAAUAUUUUAGUUUUAAUUCAGGUCUCUGGGGCACGUAAUUUUAUUAUUAUUAGAUCCUGGUCUUUAAGGGGGAUUACAGGACAAGCUCCCUAAUGGAGCACUAAGGUGAAAAGCGUCGUUGAAGGACAGCGAGUUUGUUCGCCGUGAUUUCGUCUUGUGGACCGGACCAGUUGCGUGUUAUUGGAUUAUUUACGUACAGGUGAGUGUACAAACCUGCAGCCAAUGAACGUAUCAGUGCUUUGAAGUCACUUUUCAAUUGCAUACGAGGCCUAUGCCAUUUAAACCUUAGCUAAGCCCAAUUGCAUUUACAAGAAUAAUUAUAAAUCAUUAUUCAGCUGUCAACAAGAUUUGCUUUCAUGGACACAAUUCCUUUAGCACUUUAUGAUGCUCCAUUACAAAGAGCGAUCACCAUUGUUUAGCAGAAAAGGGUUAACGGGCAUUUCUAAUUCAAUUAUACGGCUAUAUAAAUAUAGAAAUCCACAGCAUUGCAACGGCAACCAUAUGUUUUAAUAACAGAUAUGUUGUGAACAAAGAUUGCUACAGUAUCUAUCGCAAAGUAUUACGUGUAUUUUGUUGAAUCGUGUAGCAUAUGUUUGCACGCCAAUGUCCUGUGUUUUGGGAAGAUGUAGCUAGUUCUGUUUGCCAGAGAUUAUAGCAACCUGCAAGCAAAUACUACAAAUUCUGAUAAUACAAUGCAUUUGAGAAAUAUUAUUUUUAAAAGGACAAUUAUAAAACCAAACUAUUUGGGGCAUUCUAAAAAACAAUGUCUAUGUAACAUGUUUGAAUUGUGAAUUAUAGUGUGUUAACAACGGUGUGUGUGUAAGUGAUGUGACAACUUGCGCAAAAUGUUAUUUGUAAUUUAAAUUAGGUCUACUUAUAAAGAAUAUGUUAAAUACAUCGCAAACGCUUAGAAUAACUUCUGUAAGUGCACGUACCAUGCCUGAUGGUAACAACGUAUAAGGGGAUUGUUUUUCACCACAGUAGAGGAAAAGGAUUGGCAACAAACAACGUAAACGUUUAUAGAGUGAUAUUCACUACUUGUUUGAGUCACUGGGCUAAACAGCACUUCACAAUGAGUCAAACGUUAAACAUGUUCUCCAUGUAUGCAUUUUCAAUUUUAACUUGCGAUCGACACGAGUUAAAUCUUAUGUUACAACGUGCGAGCUGUUUUCUUUCUCCAGAUGUCAGCCAUCGACACUCUUUAAGGACCACAAGCGAUGGUUCUAAUGGCAACACCUGGUGGAGCAGCUCAUUGGGAUCAAGAAUCACUAGGAGCAGGAAUACAUUUUUUAGGGACAAUCCAGGGGAGGACCUCGAGGCUAAAUUCUUGGAGAACCAUGCAAUUGACUGAAUCUUGUGACAUUCACAAGUGGCCCAGCUGCAAUAUUUUAAGUGUGAAAUACAGCACCACCUGCCACUACAGAGGAGGCUGUGUGACCAGGGGGCAUGGAUCAGGUGAUGUUCUCGACGUCACUAAUUCCCACGGGGGAGUUGUGUUGUUUUUUGUGACAGGUGAAAAAUUCUGGAACGGAAUUUCUUCAGUGAGAGCAUGUUCAAUGGCUGCUCCAAAAUGUAGGUUUGACAUCCGUGCCCAAGACUAUGUUCAUGGCAUUUAUAGUUGAUUUUGUUCCAAGUUUUCUUUGUUGUCUGUCUUUUAAAGUUUGGCCUUAAGUGUUUUACAUGAGCAACACAAAAUAGAAUUUGGUUCAGUAGGUAGAGUGGAGUCUGCCUAAAAGGCCAUAAAGGAUGAGGUAGGUAAAGGGCUUUUGGAAAACCCCAGCAACCAAAGCGUUGAGGGCUGUGUGCAGCCUUGAGUCGUUUAGUAGUACUUAGGGGGGAAGAAUAUUAUUUUAAAGUACAGCACUGUACUUUUGUCAUGAUUCGCUAAAAUAACACGAUUAUAAUUAUGGAUUCGUCAAAUGACACGAUCAUAAUUAUUGGUGGAUGAAAAGGUUAAGAAUUGCCCUGCACAUAGAGCUUGCGCUACCACGGGUGGUGGGGCCUUGCUCUUCAGCAGUGGUCGGCAAACAUUAACAAGAAGAGACAUACUUUUCGAAUUCGGCAAACUCAAUAUUUCAAGAACCACAAUGCAUGUGAAUACGAGACUGUGGUGCUUAAUAAAUAACGUCACGAAGCAGUCCUUAAAGAGCCUCAUGUGUCUUCGGAGCCGCAGGUUGCCGAUCCCUGCUCUUGAGAGUCUGUGAGCCAGCAUGGUGCUGCAGCUGCUGCUUUCUGCUCAGCAGGCAGGCUGUAAAAUGUGUGGAUGUGUUCACGCAUGGGUGGGUGGGUGAAGGAAGGCAGUUCUGGAUUGAGGAGUUCCCUGGAUGUUUCCGAGCACCGUAGAGAAUUCAGUUUUUUUAUGCAGUUAGCCCAACUUUCUGGAUUAUAUACAUUGACAAGUUAUUCUGCGAAAAUAAACUGAUCACAGGGUGUUUCGUGAGUUCAGUUGAACGUGAAAAAACCUGAAGCUGAGAGUGUUCCCUUGUAUGUUUUGAAAUGCCACUUGUCUUCAAUGGUAAAGCAUGGAGUGAUGCGUGAUUGGUAAGUUCUGAUUCAUUCUUACGCUCAAGAUUCAUGCAUUGAAUCGUUGGGGGUGAAUCAGUUGCUACAAAAAAUAUUGUGCAAAUUAUGUACUGUUACAUUGAGGCCAAUGCUUUGUACAUGUAUGGUUCUGUGAAUGUACAAACAAGGCAACAACAACAACAAAUUCCACCCAAGAAAGAAUUUGAACGAGAAUCGUCUGGAAUCAAAUUUGUGAAUCGUGACAACUUGUAGAGCCGCUGCAGGAAUGAAUCGUUAUGAUGCCUUUGAUAAUGACUGCUUCUGGCCUAGAUUUGUGCUCAAAUGUGUUUGAUUCGCCGCUGCUCAGCAUCAUCUGCACAUUUGUUUUGAUGUAUGGUUCGUCGGGUUUGUAGUGUAUUUUGUAAUGUUUCUGAAUUACGGAUGUGGUUAGCUUAAUGUUGGCCAGAAAAAAGUGCAAAAAAAUAAAUAAAAGUUGAAAAUAAGAAAAAAAAUUCUAAAUACAACUUUGUUUUUGCAUUAAUGAAGAUUUAAAUAACUUUUUGUAGCGUAUUCUGAAAGUAUUUUCAGCAUUAAAUAGGUAGACUUUAUAAUGCUCAAGGAUUGUAGGGAAAUUAUUUUCUUUGCUCAAUUUUUAUUUCACAUUAGAGCGGGGGGGGGGGGGUUCCCAAAAACACGGGAGGUGGACUUUGUUCUGUUCUUGUUACAAAUGUAAUUUGUACCAUUGUUCCAUUUGUUACUGUCAAGAGUAUGCAAUAGACUCUGCAUGCUUUAUCACUGCAAAUUGUAGAAACAGUGUGAGAAAACACUAUCCGAAUAAAGAUGACCUGUGAUAUCA